CCAUGGCCACAGGAGGACACAUCCAUGAUGAACAUCUGCUCAGAGAUGAAAGGAAGCAAAAUCUCCAAGAGAGGCUCAGAGCAGUGGGACUGGCUGCUGAAUACUGGUUACCAAAGCUCCAGGAACACUUGAGUGUGUUGAGUGUGACCUGUGCCCAGGCCUUACAGCACCUUGACGAAGAGAACCUCCAGAAGCUGAAAUCCCAAGCACAACAUCCAUGGGAGACAAGGGCCCUGGAGAAGCUGCUGCACCUGUCACAGUCAGGUAUUUCAGAGUCAAAGCAGUCUCUGGAACUGAUAAACCAAAAGCAGAAGCAAGCAAAACAGGCUCUGCAGGAGCUAAAAAACUUGUUGUCAGAAGGGAGGCAGCAGCAUGAAGAAGCAGUGAAGAGAAAGGAAGAGGAGCUGAGGCAAGCAAUGGAGAUACCUGAGGAGUACUGGCCACCACUUGAAAUGCCACUUUUGGAGGUCCUAGACAACAUGCAGAGACAACUCAGGCUCACAGAAGGGACCCUAACCCCCAGGCAAAACCUCCCAGAUAGAGAUCUGCUGAGCUGGGCAUCUGGCGGGCUGGCCCUGCAGGGAAUUUACAAAACCAGCCAACAAAGGGACCUGCUUGAAAGAAGAGAGGAGCUACUCACUGUUCCCAAGGAGCUUUCACUCCUUGGACCUGAACAGGGCACACAGAUGGAAAGUGUUGAAUUCACCUCCUAUGAAGCAGAGUCCAUGUUCACCCAGACAAUAGAGAAGCUGGGCUUCAGCUUAAGGAAAUCAGCUGAAGUUGUAGACUGGGAAGUUAGUCUAGGAGCUGGUAUGGAUAAUUCAGAAUCCAAGGAAAAGGAACAAUCACAUUCUGAACACUUUUAUUACUGCUCAGUCAAGUUCAGCUAUGUUCCCCUGGCCUCAUGCCACUUCUCCAUGAAUCAACUCCAGUUAUCCAAGGCUGCUCUGCAGGAAUUGAAGUGCAUUGAAGACCUCCUGGAUCAGACCUCAAGCUCUGACAAACUCCUCACAAUGAGGUGCAAGAUUGAAAACUUCUUCCACAGGUUUGGCUCUCAUGCUAACCAAGGCCCUCUGCACUUGGGAGGAAUCUUCUGGUGGAAGGCCAUUUCAGAGGGUUUCCAGAGUGAGCAACUGGAAGAUGUAAAAGGACAAUCAGCGAAGGCUUUGGAUAUUUAUAUCAGGGGCAGCUAUGGUGGCUUAGGAGUGAAUGUUCUUGCAGGUAGGAAGGUGUCUAGCACAUAUUCAAAAGCAGACAUUCAGAGAGAAACUUUCCAAACUCUCCAAACCAAAGUGCAACUGUCUGUGGCCAAGACAGGUGGUCCACCAGAAGCAGAUGGAUUCAUGCAAUGGAAAGCUGGCCUCACUGCUAACAAUCAAACCUGGUGCAUUAUUGACCGGGGACAGCAGCUGGUACCCAUUUGGGACAUCAUCCUAUUUAACCAUAAAAAUGAUUUUAAUAAUGCCCUCCAGAUGGCUCAGUAUCUUAAAGACACUUAUACUACUAUCACAAGCCUCAACACCCAGAUUCAGUAUGGGGAAGAACUACAGAGUACUGAUAAGGAAGUUAGAGAUUUCCUAAAGAAUGUGAAAUCCUGGAAAGCAUCAGAUCCUGAAGAGCAGCUUCAAAAGUUAAUAGACUUCAUGCAGAUGUUGAAACAAAAAAUGAAAAGUUAUGACACAUGGAUCAACAUAUGUCUUACAAGUGGAGAUCUUCAGCAUUUUCUAAUAAGAGCAGUCAAUUUUUGCAAGCAGGCUUCCACUUACAAAACUAAAUUAAUCAAAUCUCAAUUGCAAAGUCUUCUGGAUCCUCACAUCUACAAAGUAACAAACUUUCCUGAGGCUCACUCCAUCAUGCAGUGGAUCGUCCAGUCGGAGAGAGAUGCAGAGCCACAGCAAGAAAAUGUCUCCCAGUUUUCUGAAUUAAUUGACAUCUUAAGAAAAACCUACAAUGAACUUAUGGAUUCAAAUAUGAAUUCUGAGUCCCCAGAGUCAAUAGAAGCUGCUCAAAAGAAGGCCAAUUAUGAAAUCAGCUCCUUCUUCAAUUACCUCCAAAAAACAGGGCAGACAGACACAUACCUCUUGUUACUUUCCAUUGCAGUUGGUGCAGGAUACCAGGUGGUAAACAAUACUUUUCAGUGUCUAGGAGCAAAUGAGCUAAACUUCUUACUGAAUGAAGUCAUGACUGUCAAACAUGAAUACCUGAAACACAAAAGUAUUUCUGCCUAUAGAGCCCAGGCAUUCCUAAUGCUCAGAGGUCUGACAGCGACAGUUGGAAGCACAGCUGUUUCUCCAGAAGACAAAAGACAACGUCUGGAAUUAAUGAAGAAACACAUGGGGCAGCGUUGGUCUAAAGAGGUGGACUAUGUCCUCAGCAAACCUAGAAUAGAUCAUGAUUGGGACACACUAGAGAAAGACCUGAGAUUGCUCCUUGAUGGGGAUUAUGAAGCCACUAAGUCUUCCUUACAAAUGGACAAAGUCGAAAACCAAUUGGAAAGUCUCCUCCAUGGAAAGAAACAAUCCGAAGAAACACAUGAACAUGAAAAUAGUGAAAGGAAAGCUACAGAUAAUGGGCCCUUCCUAGACAUACUUCAACAGCUAGGCUUAGAUCAUUACUAUCCAAAAAGGAUGAGCAGAGCUGAUUUCCACAUUAUCUACAAGAAGUCUGUGUACAACACCCAUCCCAGUUCUGAAAAAGAGUUUCCUUUCUAUUUCCUGCAGAAGCUGCUAAUGUUGGAUUAUAGCCUGAGACAUUUGGUGGUCAGAGAUGAUAGAGACACAAAAUACCAUGUAGACUUAAUAUCUCCUGAUCAGGAUAAUGAGACUUUUGAUCCGUAUGAAGAGUUUAUUGAAGAUAAUCCUAGUUCUAAACCUUCAUCCACAAAGCGAUCCCAGCUCAACAAGCCCCACAUUCACCCAAUGGAUAUUCAGAUGACAAUUUUUCACUGUGUAGAUGACUUUGCCAGGCAGUAUAUUAUGGGCAAACUUGCCAUUUGCCAAUUUGCCCUUCCCCUUGUAGUGCCUAAUCCUUGCAGUUCUCAGAUUGAAGUCUCCCUCUGGUCUCUCAGGCAAAUCAGGAAAAGUUGGCAAGUCAAGAAAUCACCAGAUGAGAAGAUCAGUUACAGGAAUCAACAGAUAUGUUCUGUCUCUACUCCCAUUGUGUCCUUCAUAAGAGUUGGGAAUGGCCUCUUGGCUUCCAAAUCUCAGAUCAUGAACUGUAUUCUGAGUAAACACAAACAUGAUGUGUUUUUUCACCGCCACUGCAGAGGAAGCACAAAAGACUGUCUCUUGAUGGAGGGUGUGGUGGAAGUCAGCUGGUACUGUCCUGGGGGUGACAAUGGGGACAGAUUUGACAACUGUGUGACCUUCACCAAUCUUCAUGGAGAUGCAAAGGAACAUAAGCAGCAGCUCACCUUCCUGCAGGAAAUCUCUUCUCUCAUUGUGGUCCUCAUGAAAUUUUCUGAUAUCAAUGAAGAAAACCGGAAGCUUAUUCGUGACCUAUCCCAGUCAUCAAAACCUUUCAUCUUCUUGCUUGAUGACAAAGAAAAAGGCAUAUCCAAUAGUUCUAGUCAGAGAGUAAGAAUUGGUAUCAGGAACAGAAAUAAAGCAGAAUUAACAGAGGAAAUUGCAACAGCAAUCAGGCACUUGUUAGACUCCUCUGACACCUCCCUCAGCCUGGAAGACUGUUCCAUGAUUGCUCGCCAGCAAGGAUUCCUUAUUGAUGAAGAUGAGAGAGAGUGUAAGGAAGGCAAAGAAAAGGCACAAAAUGUAAUGUCCCUCCUGUCAGAAACAGCGUUAUCUCACGUGAAGGAAAACUUUCUGCCCCUUCAGGGAACACUGUGGCACCAGUGGUGUAAGAAGGACAGAGAACUCUACCAUCUGACAGAAAAGGGAAAUCGGAGCAUUGAGCAACACAAGAGUGACACACAGAGAGAGAAAAGAGAGAUACGGCAAAAACAGUUGAUCAAAGCCUUUCCUCUCAAUGAUUUAAUGAGAUCUGUUCUUGAUAAUCUUCAGGGAAAUUCAGAAAAUCACACCAAACAUUAUUUUUUACUAUGGUUAAGUGUGUUUCUGGAUGAUCUGACUGCAGGGUGUGUGGAACAGUGGCAUGAGAAGCAAAGGCCAUUGCUGCCACAGGUACAAGAAAAAGAGAAAACCAUGUCCAAGAAAAAUUAUCUGCAAGACCAGCAAAGUAAGAUGGGAGGCAUCUCCACAGAAAAUCAUAACUGUGUCCUUGGAGUUGAGCAACUUUUCAGAGAAGUUGGUCAGAUCUAUGAAGCUCUGAAAGAAACAUCCUCCAAAAAAGAGGCUCUCUUUCAUUCCCUUCCUGAAAUUGCUGCAGAUCUGAUGAUAGCUGGUGUUCCCAUUGAACUGAUGGAUGGGGAUGCCUCAUAUGUGCCUCUAACUUGGAUAGCAGCUGUUUUUGACAAGCUCACUGAGAAACUUGGAGACAAAAAGUUAUUUGUUCUCUCUACCCUUGGCCUGCAGAGCUCAGGCAAGUCCACUCUGCUGAAUACACUCUUUGGGCUGCAGUUCAGAGUCAGUGCAGGCAGAUGUACCCGGGGGGCCUACAUGCAGCUCCUGAAGGUGGAGGAGACAUUCACAGGGGAACUUGGCUUUGACUUUGUGCUGGCUGUGGAUACUCAAGGUCUCCGAGCCCCAGAACUCAACAAUAAAUCCCAGAAUAAGGACACUGAGUUGGCAACCUUUGUCACUGGACUUGGAAACUUGACUCUCAUCAAUAUUUUUGGUGAGAAUCCAUCAGAGAUGCAGGAUAUCCUACAGAUAGUUGUCCAAGUCCUUCUAAGGAUGAAACAGGUAAAAAUCUCACCAAGUUGCAUCUUUGUCCAUCAGAAUGUGGGGGAAGUUACUGCUGAAGACCAACUGACAGAAGCACGUAGGAAAUUAGUGCAAAGACUAGGUGAAAUGGCAAAAUUAGCAGCAGAAGAAGAACAGUGCUCAGACAUCACCUGCUUCAAUGAUGUUAUUAAGUUUGAUGUCAACACUCAAGUCUACUACUUUGCUUACCUCUGGGAUGGCAAUCCUCCAAUGGCCCCUCCCAAUCCACGCUACAGCCUCAAUGUCCAGGAACUGAGAAGUAAAAUUCUUAUGAGUGCCAAACAGGAAUCCAAAGGAAGCAUCAUGAAGAUAUCAGACUUAAAAUUCCGAGUUCAAGAUUUGUGGAAAGCUCUGGUGAGUGAGAACUUUAUUUUCAGUUUCAAGAACACCCUAGAGGUGGUGGCCAUGAGUAAACUGGAAACCAUGUACAACCAGUGGACUUGGGAACUGAGGAGUCAUGUGCUGGACUUGCAGAACCAGCUGAACAACCAGAUUAAAAAUGGGAAAAUGCAGACACUCAACAGAAACACAGUUAAUGUUCGAGUUACAGAAAAAUAUGAAGCCAUCAAGCAAGAAUUUGAAAAUUUUUUAACUGAAGAUCCAGAUAAUGAAAUACUAAUUCAAUGGAAAGCAAAUUUUGAGCAUAAACUCUCCAUGCUUAAGGACACACUUGUUUCAGAGAGCUUUCAAAAAGCUGAUGAACUUAUUCAUUUUAAAAAAAGUCAAGAAAAGCUGGAUAAGAAAAAAGCAGAAUAUGAAAGAGAAUUAUUGGAAAAGAGCAGGAAGUUGGCUUUAUCUAUAAAGGAUAAAGAGCUAAGCAAGGAAGAGGUACAGAAGAUAUUUCAUCAACUUUGGACAAAAUGGGUCCAUGAUGUGUCCUCAACUUUCCCUCAAGUUGAAGAGCCUGACAUUGAACUAGAUGCUGAAAACAUUCUUUUGAAUUAUUUCAAAAGUGAGACAAAUAUAGUGGAAACACUAGGUAAAAAAUCUGGAAAGGUAUUUCAAAUGGAUUACACUGAAUAUGUUAAAAUGAGUAGGAACUAUUCCAUUUCCAGAGAUCAUUUAGAAGCACAUGAUAAAGAAGCUAUUAAUAGGACUAGUAACCACAUCUUUACAAGAUUUGAGGAAACUAUUAAGGACAUUCGUUUGCAACAGCGUGAUUACAGUUCCAGUGAUUUCCAUAAAAUCCUGAGAAUAAUAGAAGAGGAAGUGGAAUCUGAAACCACAGCAAAAAAAUAUUCCUUUACAAACAAAUAUAAGAUUGACAUGUCUUUGCAUUUAUUUCAAAUAGCCUCACAGUAUUUUAAGGAAAUGCAUGAGGCAUUCAAGAGAGCAAAUGACCCUGUUUAUUAUUUGGAGUCUAAGAAAGGUGAUUUCUUCAUGAGUUUUGAAAUCUCCAUCCAAGGAGCAACUUCUAUUAAAACAUUUGUUGAUUUUCUGUGGAACAAGCUCUCCCCAGCUGUGUCCAAAACCAUAAGGGAAAAGGCAGUCCCUAAAAUUGCUGGGGACAUGAGAAAUACUUGCCCUGAAUUCAAUGGAAACCGAGCUAACUUGGAGAAACACAUUCUCAUCUCUCUGGCAGAGGAAGAGAACUUUGAAAAGUAUUGGCAAUAUAUUCAUUAUCCAAAAUCAUUUUUCAGGAGUUACAUUGAAACCCAAAUUAGAAAAUACUGUUCAGGAUCAGGAGCUGAAGCAAUACAGGCUUUUUUAAAACUAAGUUUAGAUGACAUCAAGAAUGUCCUACUCUCUGCUAUUCAUAAAUCCACAGCACAAGCUAAAGACAAAAGCAGCACUGCAUCUGAGUGGUUAGAUUUGUUCUGUGAUCACCUUGGGAGCAACCUCAUCUUCCCAAGGAGUGACUUGAUAAGCAUUGAACACCAGGAGAUUAAAGACAUGGAAUUUCUCAAGGAAGCCAUGAGUGCAGAUUUGGAUCCUGCAAUGGAGACAGUUGAACAGAAUUGCUUAAGUAUACCUGUAGAAGAAUUCAUUCCUGCAAUUGAGAAAAUACUCUAUGAACACCUGUGUGGCUGCUGGAAACAGUGUCCGUUCUGCAAAGCCAUCUGCACAAACACAAUUUCUGCACAUGAUGGAGACCACAGUGUUCCCUUCCACCGUCCUCAGGCAGUCAGUGGAUGGCAUUGGAUAACCACAGACAACUUGACCAUUGAUUGCUGUACGAGUUUGGUGGCAAGUGAUUACUCAUUUUUGUUAAGUGAGGAUGAAAAAUUCCCAUAUAAGAACUAUCGACAGGCAGGAGGGGAUUAUGCCACAUGGAGCAUCACUCCAGACUCAUCCAGCCAGCCCUAUUGGAAGUGGUUUGUCUCUCACUUCAGAUCAAAUCUAGAAGAAAAACAUCAGAAAAGAUUUGCAGGUAAAGGUCAAAUUCCUGAUGAAUGGGCCAGAAUCACAAAGCAGGAAGUGCUUGAUGACUUGAAAACACAGUAG